AGCCGACGUUCCCAACCGCUGAAAUUUAAAAACGCCCUCUAGCUUAGCAACAUUUUUGGGAGAUCUUGUUGUUAGUUCAAGAGUUAGAGUCUGGCAUAAAAGACGAUGGACCCGUUUAACGAGGAAGAUAAAAUGUAUCUUUUUGAAAACAGAUUGAAAACCUUUGAAAAUUGGCCUUUCGACAAAGACUGCACCUGCACCCCGGAGAACAUGGCCAGAGCUGGCUUUGUCCACACGCCCUCAGACAACAGCCCAGACAUCGCCAUGUGUUUCUUCUGCCUCAAAGAGCUGGAGGGCUGGGAGCCAGACGACGACCCACAGAAGGAGCACAAAUCUCACGCACCUUCCUGCAGCUUCAUCUCUUUAACCAAAAACGUUGAGGACCUGACUAUGGAAGAAUUCUUCAAACUCCAAAAGGAGAAAGACAAAAUUAUCACCAAAAAAAGGUGCAUUGAAGCCAUCACCAAGUUUGAGGAGGCAGCCAAAGUGAGGCGAGAGAAGAUCAUCAAGACAGCCAGAGGAGAAGAGUGACACUGGAGUGGAGGAAGGAGAAGGGGGUUCAAAAGAAAACGGCUGUCAGUGCAGUGAUUCCCGUUUAUGAUUUUUUUUGUCCUCUUUGUUGUGUUGUAUAUAAAUAUCCUGAAUGAUUUUUAUUCAUCGCAUUUUACUGAUAUUUGUUUCUUUUUUAAAACUGUUCGUUUUUAUUGUUAUUAUUACGGUAUAAAUAAAGAUGUUCCAAAAACA